CUUCGGGCAUGGGCCGCUCGGCCUCGGCUCCGUCCCCCAAGGCCACCGGCCGGGGAUCCCACGCACGGGCGGAGGCGGCGCCGCUCUGACCCGCACCACUUCAAACCGGGUGCCCCCAGCCCCGCUCUCUGCUGACGCAAACGCCGGAACGCCGGACUUAGCGUCAGGGCGCCGGAAGUGACGUCACUCGCACGUGGGGCCGCCUCGCUCCGGAGCGCCGCCGCCUCCGGCCGCACCUGGAGCUGGUUCGCGGUGCGGAUUCGGAAAGGACGCGUGGUCGGGGAGGUUAGGGGGGAGAAAUGCAGAGAGGUCUCUGCUUUCCAGAGCAGGAGGACGAUGACCCAGCCAGAGUUCUGGAAGUUCAAAACCUCGGUUUCCAAGUGCUUGCCAUCCUGACCCUACCCCUCUAGGCUGUUUGCAAACAGGAACGAACCCUGCAGGAAUUGGAGACUCCGGCCCAGAUCCAAGGAUGCUCCUCUUCUUGUGCUGCCUGCACUGAAGCCCCAAGGACCCCAGAAGAGUGGGAUGGCCACCGCAGGCAGGAAUCCUCCGAGGCCGCGGGCGUCGCCCUCGCCGCUGAGGCUGCUGCUGCUGCUGCUGGGAUGCUGCCUCCUCGCGGCUGCCCGAAAGGACAAGGGGGCUGCUGGUAGGGAGGCGGCCCCGGCCUCGGGCCCCAAGGGCGGUUCCUCGGGUCGCUUCGUGAGCCCAGAGCAGCACGCGUGCAGCUGGCAGCUCCUGGUGCCAGCCCCGGGGACACCGACGGGCGGCGAGCUGGCCCUGCGCUGCCAGGCCCCGGGCGGGGCUCGCCUGCACUGCCGUCCAGCCGAGCAUCCCCGGCCCAGGGCGCGGAGCCGGGCUCGGCCGCGACAGCCGGUGCGCUCCCCGAGCUCGCCGCCCGAGGAGAAGCCCUCGAGGGCGAAGACCAGCGCGGGUGGGAGGAAGGCGGGCUCGGACCGGGUCCCGGAGCCUCCCACGGUGGCCGAGCUCCAGCCCGACGGGCUGGACCAGAACGCCGAGCUCACCGAGACCUACUGCGCCGAGAAGUGGCACUCCCUCUGCAACUUCUUUGUCAACUUCUGGAAUGGCUGAGGUUGCGGGCCUGGCGGGGGCACGGGCACCAGGGGCAGCUGCCGCGGAACAGAGGGCACUGAAGCCGGGGCGGGAGGCUCGGGGCGUCUUAGACCGUGGGAACCGGGAUGGAGAGUAGGCAGGAGUCCGGGUUUCCAAAAUGGGGCCUGGGUCAGGGUAGAGAGAAUCUGAGACAGCAGAGGAGUACACACACGUUUUGAAGCAUCUCAAUUCUGAUUUAAGAGCAGAAGUAGUGGAAACGGAUAGGUUUAUAUUAAGUUUGCAAAAACUGUAGACUAGAGAGAGAAGCUGAAGAUAGGGACUGCCGUGACUAAAGAGGUGCGAAUCUCUCCUAGGAAGUGAGAUACAAAGUCUAUUAACACAUUAUUAUUAAAAUGUAACUGUGAGUAAGAGCCCCAGCCGGGCUGAAUUGUUCAGUCUUCUGGGCUGACAAGUUUUUCUCCCCACCUCUUUUUCUGGAUUGUUAUCAACUCUGGGUGUGACAGCAUCACACUUUCUAUGUGGAUUGAACCUUAUAGGUAAAAAAUAAAUCCAAGAAUGGGUUAUCAGGACAACUGCAUUUCAGUUCCUUAAGCGUUGCUACUUUGUAAUUGAAUUUCGAAUAUACUGUCCUGAAAGUUCCUUAACUACCUAAAAUCAGCAGUGAAUUUUAGAAGUUCAGUGCUCUCUAGAUCAUCAAAUACAAACGAAAACCCCCAAGUCUUUACAUUUGAUCACUCUUUUAAAACUCAGAUAAAAUGUAGACGUGUAUCUCAGUUGUUGGGCCCUUAUCUCUUGUGUAAUUAAAUUUAAUUUUUUCACUUUUAAUAUGAUGUAAUGAUCAUCUUUAAUAAAAAAAAAAACUGCUGGACUUAGAAAAUGAUAAAACGAUGGAAAUUC